GACAGUAUUUUCAGUGUUUAUUUUUCUUCAAGGACUCCAAAUAGUUGCCUUGGCAGACAGUCUGCCCUAUAGCUGCCCCUUCUGAAGACUCAGAGGUGUUUAUAGAAAUUGAAAGUUCUAGCAGUACAUUUCCAUGAGCUCAUUACCAGUUCCAGUUAUGCCUUUUAGAUUUCACACGUACUGAAUGACUAUCCAAGCAGUAUAACCUCCUGUUUUGAGCUUUUAAUUACAGAGUAGCUAUUUGACCACAUAACAACAGGGCAUCUUUAGAGUCCCUGCUUUGGUCACUAUUAUUCAAAGCAACUCCAAUGUCAUUUCUUGCCUGCCUUUUUAUGCUAAUAGCCUAGCCAGCUUAGCUCCGCCCCCUUCCAGCUUCCCUUAAGAACUGUACACUUUCAGCUGUCACAGACCGUAACUCAGACCAGGCUUAGAAAUCACUUCAUUUAACUCAGCAGCAUUCCCCCUCCCCCCAAUUUGGUAUUUAUUACUCUAGCAGUCCUCUCUAAAUACUUGAGGCACUGGAUUUCAUGUCAGCAGCAAGAAUCAAAAAUUGCCCCAAACUGUCAUCUGUUAGAAAGAGUUACUUUGUAGGAUUUUAUACUCUAAGGGAGAAGACUUUCAAUUUGCUUUAGAAUGUAACAACGAUUAAGUGGUAUUUUUAGCCAAAUGAAUUGGCAUCUUUAGAUGAAGGAGAAGUAACAUUCGUAAGUACUUAUUUCAAGAAUCAUGACAAAGAAAAACUAGGAAGUUUCUUAGAGAAGUAAAUAUUUUACAUGUAAGGACCUGCUCGUAUCUAUGUGGCACUAGGUGUCCUGUGACCAGCCAAGGGAAGGAAAUGCCGCAGUGAUACUCAAGCCACGAGCCAUACUACUAGCACGAUGUCUACUAUACAAAGAAAAGGCGGCAGCCACCUGUUCAACAGUUUGCACGUGGGUAAACUGAAGCUUCAGGAGGACCUGCCACAGCAAGAAAAAACCGUCAUUGCUCAGCCAAUAUUUGUUUUUGAAAAGAGAGAACCAGCUUUUAAGAGACCUGCAGAAGACACCCUGUACAAAGCAGCAGAGCAUGAACUUAAUGGUUUUUCAAGAAAGUGUGUACUAUCUUCGUCUUUUACUAUCUCUACUACAGAUUCUCAGUCCCAAGGAGAGUCACCCUUGUCCCACAAGAGAAUGAGAUCAGCAUCCUUCGCUGACCACCCCACCUUCCCCCCUUCUGGGCCAGUGAAUAAAAACAAUGUUUUUAUGUCACCAACUCUUGUGCAAAAGAAGGUCGAUAUGAACAAUACAAAAGGAGGGCCUGUGAAACAUACCGAACAUGUUCUAAGACCUGCUAUUUUGCAGCCACCUCAAGUUCAAAAGUGUGGAAAAGUAAGCAAAACAUUUGGGCACAAUGCAUUGGAAUCCUGCAAGAUUAAAGAAAAAACAAGCAAUAAGGAAAGAAAAACCCCUAUGAUUUCUGAGGGAAAUUCCUAUUUGCUAAGUGACAAUCAACCAAGUGCCAGAAUCUCAGUCCAGGUGUCUACUAACCAGCAUUUUUUAAGUGCUACUUCAGUAGGAUGUCAACUAAAUGAAGAUAAGUGCUCUUUUAAAAGCUACAGUUCUGAUUUUGUUUUUGGAGAAAACAUGGUAGAAAGAGUUUUGGGUACUCAAAAACUGAACCAGCCUCAACUUGAAAAUGAUUCCUAUACCAAGGAAAAACCAUUCAAAUCCACUCUGAAAUUGACUGUCAACUCUCCAAAUACAAGAACGGACUCCAUUAAAAAUACAUCCCUAAUUGAAUCAGCUGCUGCUUUCUCAUCCAAACCAACACCAAAAUGCUUGCUGGAGAAAAUUGAUAUUAAAACAGGGGAGGAAGCAGAAUAUAAUGUGUUAAAGAUCACCUGCAAGCUUUUUAUAUUCAACAACACAACCCAAUCCUGGACGGAAAGGGGCAGAGGAACUUUGAGACUGAACGACACAGCACACAGUGACUGUGGAACAUUACAGUCAAGACUAAUUAUGCGCAAUCAAGGCAGCCUGAGGCUGAUUCUCAAUAGUAAACUCUGGGCUCAAAUGAGGAUACAAAGAGCAAACCAUAAAAAUUUACAAAUAACAGCUACUGAUUUAGAAGACUACAGCAUCAGAAUAUUUUUAAUUCAGGCCAAUGCCAAAGACAUAGGAUAUCUGUAUGCAGCAAUACAUCAUCGUCUGGUUGCACUUCGAAGCUUCAUUAAGCAGAAAGGUGUAAAUCAAGCUGAAAAUCAGUCAGAAAUAAUCCUCCAACAAUUAAACUGCGAUAGCUGUGAUGAGGAUGAGGAUGAUUUUAUCCAAGUCCCUAAAAAUGGAUCAGGUAAAUAACUUUUCUUUUGUUAGGGCAGAGGUUUAAAACAAAUUUUAUGUACAACCCUAAUACAUGAUGUGCAACCAUCUUAAUGCAAAAUGAAACAAUGGAAAUAAUGCAAAGUAAAUGUCAACCAUAUGACCUCCACCCCCAUUUUUCCUUGUUCUCACUCAGUGUCUCCCCCAGGAGGGACUACAUACAAAUACUAAAACCUUAUGGAAUCAAUAAAAAGUUUAGCUUUUCGGAUUUGAUAGACUAUAAAUUAAGGAAGAAUUUAAUUACCUGAAAAUGUCAUGUUUAAAAUUAUUAGCAAUAUUUCCAAACAUUACUUUAUAAAAAUGUAGAUUCUUUUUCAUUUCCUCAUUCAUGAAUAUUCAGUGUUCAGUUGUAUUCAAUAUUAAACUUAAUACAAAUAUAACGCUGUAUAAUAAAAUAUUUUAAAUUUAUAUCACAGAUCCUUCUAGGUGGGCCCACAGAAAAUCCAUUGCCUGCUCGUAAGAGCUACCUACUAUAAACAUGACAACAUCUACAAAAAGACUGGUUACCUUUGUAAAAAUACUAGACUACCCUAAUUA